AUGUUCGGCGACCGCCCGAACCCUGACGCGACGCGGCUCGCGCGCGCGCUGAUGAGCAUGGGGGGCGGUGCUCUGGCCGAGAUCCAAGAGUGCACGGCGUUGCAGGAGAAGCUGACGGAGUUCGAAGUCCGCUCGAGUCUGUCGGUGAAAGUGCGCGCCGUCAGCGCUUCUGGAGGCGACCGCGCCUUCGCUGUUGGCCAGGGCGCGAAGUGGCGGGCGAUUUUCGGAGGCGCGAGGAAGACCAGUUGCCGCGGCGACGAUUGCCGCUGGCUCGCUCUGGCGCGGGCCGCGACGCGAUCGGGCCGCGCGCGAGGACUGCGGCGACAAGGGGGCGAGCACGUCGAGCGGCGCGCUCCUGGGCGCAACGAGAACUUCGCCGCGGCCGCCCCCGUCGGACACCCUGGCCACGCUGGCCCAAGCGCACCCGCGCUUCGCGGCGAUCGCAAAGUUGUCGACCACUGGUCGGUCAUCUCCCAUGGCAAGGCGAGCCCCGCGAAGUUCAUCGCCCAGGCAGACGAGGCGAGCCUCAACGAACGGAAGAUCGCGUGCCUGACCCCUGGCUGCCGCCCGAAGCCCGGCAAAAUCUGGUCGCGGGGCGUCGCUGUGCAGGGGUCGCCGGUGAAUGUCUUCUCCCGCUGCGCGCGACUGCAGCGCCAACGCUAUCGAGAACAGGAGGUCCGCGCUGAAGCGGUGGGCGAGAAGCGCAGCGGGGGCCAGCUGCCCCCCGCCUCGGACAGGCGCGCGCGGGGCAGGCAUAUCGCGGAGUUCCAGAAUCGGAAGGCCGGCGCCGUGGCCGUCACAGCCCAGACGACCUGCAGGAGCCCGCAGGCGAAGGUGGGCGCGGUGUCCCUGCCGUGCCUGGCGCUCCCCGGCAACCUGCUGGGCUUGCCCGUCCAGGUCCGCCACAAGCAGAAGUCCUUACCGCUGCUAGGCAUUAUUGACACGAGCUCGAUGUACUCGGUGAUCAAUUGGCAGGCAGCGCGCGAGCUGGGCAUCGCCUCUGGGCCCGCUGACGCCAAGCUGGGAAACGCCGCGAAGGCUGCCGCCUGGGAUGCAGAGGCAGAGUGGGAGUUGUUGAAGCAGGCUAUCCGGACAGUGUCGGACCGCAUGGCUGCCGGGAGGGAUCGGGCCGGCGUGGCCCCGCCAGAGGUUGACGACAAAGUCGGGCUCAUGAUGCGGUUUGUACAAGCGCACGCCGUGGGCCUGGCGCGCGAAGCCGCCGUCGGGCAACUUGCGGAGCUGUCCGGGGCUGCUGCUGCGGACCCCACGCGGGACCACAGACGAGAUCGAUUGUUCCAGAUGCUUCGUAGACUCUCCCCGGGCAGGCCGACGUCGUUACCUGCUGUGCGGAACGCCCGCGGCGAGGUCGUCACGGACCCAGAGGGCGAUGUGCAAGCAGCUCUGGAUUCAUCUCCAGACUCCGCGCCUGGGCCCGAUGGAAUUCCCUUCUUGUCCUGGAGACUGUUGGGCCCAUUGGCUGUGGACGUUUUGUUCAAGGUUCUUCAACGCGUGGCGACUGACCCUGGCUCUCCAGCUCUGGACGACUUCCUCCGUGGAUCCGACGUGUCCACCGGCUUCAACCGCAGCUUGAAGGUGUUUCUGCCCAAGGAGUUCUCACGCAUAUUUGGCUUUCGGCUAAACCUGCCGAAGACGGUGAUCGUGCCGCUUUCACUUCAAGACGCAACGCUUCUGGCCAGAUUUGUAUCCGAGCGCUUCACGGCGUGGGCAGGCAUCAAGGUGGAGCUUCAUGCGAUGUACUUGGGAUUUGUACUCGGCCCAGAACGCGGCGAUCUCGCCAUCACGAAGCCGCUCAAGAAGUUCCUCGAACGCGUUCGGGAUUGGGGUGCCGCGGGAGGCGGGCUACUCCUCACCGCGUUGGCGUACAGCGUGUACAUUAUCCCGGUGAUUGCGUUCUUGUUGCAACUGGACAACUUGCCGCCUGCGUGGGGGCAAACCGAAGCCCCGGCUCUCCGAACUCUCGUCCCCGGCCUUGAAUUCUGGUGCAUUCCUGCAGAUCUACGCAAUUUGCGGGGGCUCGGCUUCCCGAAGGACUCCCCCGACGCUGCGAGGCUCUCGCUGGCCUGCCGCUUCCGGGUGGCGCGCCGGGAAGGCCUGCCCGACGGCCUUCGCGUGGCCGAGCGGUCGCGUGAGCUGCGCUUGCGCAUGCGGGAUGCGGAGCACUUGGAUCGCAUUGCACGUUGGUCGUCAUGGUUUCAGCGAUCAUUCGUCUUUCAUCUCGAGGCCGCGGCGGCGCACCUCGCGGCCAGUGGGGUUCGCCCCGACGCCUUGGAAGGCGAGCUGGCGCGCGGCGAGCCCCGCCCCUAUUGCAGCAGCGCGGCAGCCGCAGUGCGACGUGGUCUUCAGCGGGCCGCCCUCGCCGCCUUGCCCAGGGGUGUCCAGUCUCGAAUGGAGCGGCGCACUCGUUACAAACUCACAGUGCGGAACGUCUCUCAAUUCCCCCGCUGCCGGGCGGAGCGCUGCCUCGCGGUCCUCCGCGAGCUCGGAGCGCGGGUCACUCCUCGCACGUGGGCGGCCCACUACGCGGCGUGCCCAGCCGCGCGGCGGUUUGCGCAGACCUGGCUGGGGCUCCACCGCCCAGGGCCCCGCCAAGAUUGUACGAGUUGCUUCUUGCUGCUGGACAUGCCGCUCCGCCGCGUGACGGCCGAGCCAGGGCUUCUCGUUCGCAAGGCGUUGCGCACCGCAGCUGUGUGCAAACGCGCGAGGCGUUGCCCCAGUGCGUUCGCGAGCUCGUUAGGGGGCAUCCUGUCUCCCAGCGAGCCUUAA